CACAAGGUCACGAGCUGCUCCCUAGAUACUGCACUUCAGCCAGCCGCAUCUCAAGCUCAAGGAGAGUUGCAAUGACGACAAUGCAAGCCCCAGCGGCAUCUUCCAAGAUCGUGCUCGUGAUGCUCAUGCUCGGCCUGGGCUUGGCGGGGGCCGCCGCCGACAGCAGCCGGAGGAGGCUCGUCUCCAGCAGCUCCGACGAGCCGUGCAAGCAGAUGACGCUCUACCUCCACAACAUCCUCUACAACGGCGUCAACAACACCGCCAACGCGACCGCGGCGCCGGUCACCAAGCCGACGGACCUGAGCACGUCGCACUGGAGCAACGGCACCUUCUUCGGCAUGCUGGUGGUGUUCGACGACCUGGUCACGGAGGGGACGGCGCUGCCCGUCGGGGACGAGGAGCCGGCGGCGCGCGCGCAGGGUUUCUACUUCUACGACAAGAAGGAGUCGUACAACGCGUGGUUCACCUUCUCCCUCGUGUUCGACUCCAAGGCGUGCAAGGGCACCCUCAACCUCAUGGGCGCCGACCUCAUAGACGACGAGACGCGCGACCUCUCCGUCGUCGGCGGCACCGGCGACUUCUUCAUGGCGCGUGGCAUCGCCACCAUCCGCACCGACGCCACCGAGGGCUACUUCUACUUCCGCCUCAAGAUGGACAUCAAGCUCUACGAGUGCCACGUCUGAUCUGAUAAGUUUUUUUUUGCGCGAAAUUUUUUUAAUCUAUUCAUCUUCAAUCAUGGUAGUACAACGAACACUAAAAAUAAUAAAAAUUACAUCCAGAUCCGUAGACCACCUAGCGACGACAACAAGCACUGAAGCGAGCCGAAGGCGUGCCGCUGUCAUCGCCCCUCCAUCGCUGGAGCCGGGCAAACCUUGUUGUAGUAGACAGUCGGGAAGUCGUCGUGUUAAGGCCCCGUAGAACCAACGCACCAGAAUAGCAACCGCCGCGGAUGAAGUGUGUAGAUCAAAAGGAUCCAAUCUGAAAACACACGAACGAAGACGAACGACGAACAGAUCCGAGCAAAUCCACCAAAGACAGAUCUGCCGGAGACACAACUCCACACGCCCACCAACGAUGCAAGACGCAUCACCGGAACGGGGGCUAGGCGGGGAGACCUUUAUUCCAUCUUCAGGGAGCCGCCACCGUCUCGUCUUUCUGAGCAGGAUACAAACCCUAACAAAGCUCGAAAAAAAAAUCUAAAAACGGAGCCCUCCCACCGGCAAGGGCCGAGAUCCACUCCGCCUCCAUGGCCAUAGGGCCACCGUAGACGGGAUGGACCGGCACUGGCGCCGGCGCCGGUGGGAGGCAGAAAGCUAGGGUUUUUGGAGGCGGCGGCCUUAGCCACGGGUUGAGGCCGUCUUCUGAUCUGAUAAGUUGUAAGAUGGUUUAUAAAUCAGAUGCACGCGUGUGCCGAUAAGGAUCAAGGAGUGAUAUUGGUGGGGUUGUUUUUCUUUGUGUGAUGAGUUGGAUGCAUGCGCAUGUAGAUUUUGUGUCAUUCGUGUAUGUUUCACGCCCACAAGAGUUUUAAUCGUGUGAUGUUUUAUUCUGUUUAUUUUUAAAA